AUCGUACUUAGUUUCUGAAAAUUAAAGUUGUGUGAUCAUAUUAUUAGGAGCUAUGGAAAUCUCGAGCAGCAGAAUGAAGGGACGGCGUUUUUCUUUGGUUAUGAUCAUGAUAAUUUUGUUUAUGAUUUGUGGUUCCACUAGGUCUCAAUUAACUGUAGAUUUCUAUAAAAGAUCGUGUCCAAAUGUGCUUAGGAUGGUGAGGAGAGAAGUUAUCAACGCUCUCAAGAACGAUAUGCGAAUGGCUGCUUCCCUUCUUCGUCUCCACUUUCACGACUGCUUUGUUAGCGGUUGCGACGGAUCUGUGCUGUUGGAUGGGAGUGAUGGAGAGCAAAAUGCACUUCCCAACAUCAAUUCUCUUAGAGGGCUUGAAGUUGUGGAUAGAAUCAAAGCAGUAGUGGAGAAUUCAUGUCCCGGAGUUGUAUCUUGUGCUGAUAUAUUAACCAUAGCUGCCAGAGAUUCUGUUCUCUUGAGUGGAGGACCGGCAUGGAAAGUAUUAUUGGGGAGAAGAGAUGGAUUGGUAGCAAAUAGAACAGGAGCGGAGGAGCUUCCUUCUCCAUUUGAAAGCCUUGAUGCUAUCACCAAGAAGUUCAACGAUGUUGGCCUCGAUACGACUGACGUCGUGGCUUUAUCUGGAGCUCAUACAAUUGGAUUUGCAAGAUGUGCGAUGUUCAACAAUAGGCUGUUCAACUUCUCAGGAAGUGAUUCUCCAGACCCAACCAUGGAGUCCACAAUGGUAUCAGAUCUUCAAGCUCUCUGCCCUCUCACCGACGACGGCAACAAGACCACCGUUCUCGACCGAAACUCAACCGAUUUAUUCGACAACCAUUACUACAAGAACUUGCUGAAUCAAAAGGGGCUGUUGGGGUCCGACCAAAUCCUGUUCUCAAGCAAUGAAGCUCAAACCACUACAAAAGCGUUGGUCGAAGCUUAUAGCUCAAACGUUACGCUUUUCUUCAACGACUUUGUUAAAGCCAUGAUCAAGAUGGGGAAUAUGAGCCCACUCACUGGCUCCAAUGGACAGAUCCGAAACAACUGUGGAAUCGUUAAUUCCUCUUAGUUAUCAUAAUACAGAUAUACUAAAAUUUCACAAUAAUCCAUCAACCAUAUAAAGACAAUAAUAAAUACCGCUAGACAUCUACUAGUAAUAUAUCAGUGUUUUUCAUUAUCUAUCACUAAUAAACAAUGAUACUCUAUUGUAUUUGUAAAUAUUUUAGUUCGGUUAUGAAUAUUUUAAAGGAGUUUGAGAUAUUUUCGAUAUAAAUGGAAAUAAAAUUGACAAUUGCACAUGCUUGAUUUUAAUUAGAGAAGCAGCUUCCAUGUAUAUUCA